UCAUGCAUUGCUGCCUCGCCUGCGUCCUGCUCCGACAGCAGCAAGACAACGCCAACAAAUCUCCAUCUGCAGCAUCCUCUAAAGGAGAAGGUCCUCCUACUCCUCCAUCUUCUCGCUGGUCUUCCCUCGCCGCGUUUUCAUCGCCUGUCAGGAAAAAGAGAGUCCCUUCAUUCCCGUUUGAUGAGAAAUGUCAUGACAAACGAUCAACUUCAGACAGCUCCUUUGGAUCUGGUUCCUGUUCGUCCACAUAUGUUCCCGACCACAUCAGUCAGGUCUCUGGGAGAAAACCGAGUUUUGAGAAGAACAACAACAAACACUCUUCAAAAGAUCCGGCAAAGUCCUCCACCGUCUUCUCGCCUGCUCUGACCAACACUUCUCCCUCGGACCUUCUUGAACCAAAGCCAAGCUAUUCUCGCUUUGCGUUCGCGGUCAAGACCGAGGCAACGCCAAGUGCCAUCCUCCAAUCCCCCAGACGCCAUCCGUCCACCAACAUUCAAGCUGAAACGCUUGAAGGAGCAGCUUUCUCUGAAUUUUCCAUGGCAAGUCUGAGUCUGCAUACGACUGACAUCUCAAACAUGCGUCGAGGAAGGAGGUGGGCUUCUUCUAGUCACGCUGCGUACGAGAAAAUGGAUUCUGAGAGGACUGCAACUCGCCGGGUCGCUCCCGCAAAUCUUGCAGAGCAUCUGUCGUCUCAGCGAACCAGGAGAAGGGGUUUACGGAGUCAAAUCGGACAGGAAAAAACUGGAUGGAGAACACCAGAGACGAACCCUGCAUUGACAACAAGUGCUCAGAUGGAUGUGGAAGACCAAGUCAGGCGGUCUUGCUCUGUUUGGAAUGAUCAGGGCAGCCAUGGCUGGUCCUACAGGGGAGAUCCAAACAAGACAUGUCUGGUGCACCCUUUGCGACACGCAUCUGCUGACGUCCGUGACCCAGGUCUUCUUGACAUGUCUUUCACAUCUGCUGACAUCCGUGACCCAGGUCUUCUAAACAUGUCCUUCACAUCUACUGACGUCCGUGACCCAGGUCUUCUAGGCAUGUCUUUCACAUCCACUGACAUCCGUGACCCAGGUCUUCUAGACAUGUCCGUCACAUCUACUGAUGUCCGUGUUCCAGGUCUUCUAGAAAAGUCUUUCACAUCUGCUAACGUCCAUGAUUCAAGUAUUCUAGACAUAUCUUUCAUAUCUGCUGACGUCCGUGAUCCAGGUCUUCUAGACAUGUCCUUCACAUCUACUGACGUCCGUGAUCCAGGUCUUCUAGACAUGUCCUUCACAUCUACUGACGUCCGUGACCCAGGUCUUCAAGACAUGUCUUUCACAUCUACUGACGUCCGUGUUCCAGGUCUUCUAGACAUGUCCUUCACAUCUGCUGACAUCCAUGUUCCAGGUCUUCUGGACACAUCUCAAGAACGUCCCUUCAACUUGGCCAUGUCUAGCGCGUCACCAAGCCGAGGCUGUGUGGAGGAGGACUCCUACUAUUACAUUGCCUUGGAUGAUUCUUAUUAUGAGGGUAAGUGGAGAGACGGAAAGGGGCCGUGGGACUGACACAGACAUUUAGUUACUGACCAUUAGUGACUGAUGUUUAGUUACUGACCUUUACUCACUGACCUUUAGUUACUAACCUUGUGUCCGACUGAUUUAGUUAGUAACUGAAGACUAGUAACUAAAGGUUCAUAACUAAAGGUCAGUCACUCAAGGUCAGUCUCUAAAUGAUAACAACUCAAGGUUAGUAACUGAAUAUUAGUAACCAAAGGUUAGUAACUCAAGGUCACUAACUUAAGGCUACCAACUAAAGGUUAUAAAUGAUAAAUGGGUUGUACUUGUAUAGUGCUUUUCUACCUUCAAGGUAUUCAAAGCGCUUUGACACUACUUCCACAUUUACCCAUUCACACACACAUUCACACACUGAUAGUGGGAGCUGCCAUGCAAGGCGCUAACCAGCACCCAUCAGGA